UUCAACCCAAAUUGGACUGGACUGUCGCAAUUCUAUGUUGUAGAUUUUCUAUUAUAUUUUGUAUGAUUGCUACACAUUUUCAUUACGUUAUUAAAGUUAUUACGAGUUAUUACGGCACUGAGAACGCAGUGUAAUCUAAUCCCAUCCCAACACAUUACUAAUAAACCAUUAUGCCUUAGGUAUUAUUGACGGUUGGUGCAAUUAUGCUGACAUUCUUCGUCUGCCGUCUACCUCCCUGGAUCUUCUUACUUGUGCCUCAAGUGAACGAUCGCCAGAAUGAUCAAGGGAGACGAACAUACAGCUACAUUCACUACAGUCUGCAUACGUUGUCCUUGUGUGCCCCCGCCAUCAAUCCGUUCCUUUAUGCUCUCCUGCAGCAGUCGUACCAGCAGCAUCUUCCGACAAACCUGCGCUGUGCGUUGUGGAUUAUUUCUAUUAGUAAGCGAGCAAAACCAGUGGCAGUGACCCCUGCGACCUUGCCCUCCUGCGGCACUCUCACCACCCUGCCGGACGUCGCUAGCAAUCCAACCUUCGCCCUCGACCUUCCCCGCCCACGACACCUGACCUCACGCCACCUCGAUCUCACCGCCCACUUGGCUAUGCUCGAACACGAGGCCAAGUUGAGGCACGAGAAGCCGAAAACGAAACGCAACCCGAACGCUACCUGGUGUGUGAAGGACGAGAAGGAUGUCCCGGGCAAAGAGCAGGGUAAUCCCAGGCUCCCCACGGUCGAGGAGGAGCGGAGUAUCGGCAGCGCGAGGUUGGAAGGGGGGUCGUCAGUGCUUGUGCGUAGGUAAUGGUACGGAAGCACGCGCUCUACACUCAU